GAACAAUCUCAGUAGCAUUCGAUCCGGUACCUCGAUUCAGUUUCUCCGUUGACAGUUAGUACGAAACAACAGAAACGAUGGCACGGCUGAUCGGCAUCGUGGCGAUCGUCGGAAUCGCGUUGUUCAUGUGCGUCUUCGCAGCGGAAGAGUUAUAUUCUAGCAAGUACGACGACAUCGAUAUUCAGAACAUCCUCACCAAUGACAGAUUGCGAAAUCAACAUCGCAAAUGUUACAUGGAUCUAGGACCAUGCACGACAAGCGAUAUGAGAUUUUAUAAAGAUUUUAUCGGCGAAGCUAUCGUAACAAAAUGUAAAAAAUGUACUGAAAAGCAAAAGAAAAAUCUGGAAAUAUUAACCGAAUGGUAUAUAACAAAUCAACCAAAACAAUGGGAAGAGUUUGUUGCGAAAGUAAUAAGUGACUUACGAAAGAAAAAUGCUUAAUGAGACGUGUUGUAAUUGACCACUAAUACACCUACGGAUAUUAUACUGUUAAAUGGAUGCGUAAGAAUAGAGUAGUAUCUAAUUUUAUUGAUGUCAGUUACGGUCGUGAAUUCUUCCAAUAUAAACUACGUCGUUUAUUGGCCAUAUUUUUAUCUUACAAAUGUAUACACGCGCUGAAAAAUAAGAGAAGAUAUUCCCCCGUA